UCUCACCAAGCUCAACUUCUCGCGUCAUGUGGUGCCUAAGUGGCGCAGCCCAUCAGCUGACUGAGCUGCGCGCAGGAGGAGACACCUCCAACUUCUCGGCGCACUCACGCUUUCAUGUGUCCAGACUUGUAGUAAACUUUGUCCCGACUCGUUAAUCUGCGUAGGAAAGUUGCCUGCGCGCAAACUAUGUGCGCUGACUGCCCAACUUCUUGCGUGGACAGGAAAGGGACCCGGUCAGCCAAGUUUUGCUCGCAGGCGGGAUGGAGUCUCAGACAAAGCCGCUCGCCGGUGAAGGUGUUUGCCAGAAAGGAUGCGGUCUUCUGCUGUCCCCGGAGCACGCCGACGGCAAAGGGGAGCACUGCUGCGUGGAGGCGCUGCGCACGGUCACCGACGAGCUGGAGGAGAGGAGCGCGGGGCUGGAGCACGACGUCCGGAUGGCGAGGCUCAGGUGGAACAGGAGGGAGCAGUCCCUGUUAGCCCAGGUGUCAACUCUGCAGAACGAGGCUCAGCUCGCUGCCCUGAAGUACCAGCAGAGACUCCACCGCUACCUGCUGCACAUCAGCAGCAUCGCAGAGCAGAUGAUUGGGUACUGUCAGAGUGACUUCGGCAGAGGUGCUGACAAGAGCCAGAUGCCGGAGAAAGCAACGUGUUCAGAUUCAGAGCCACGGGUAACAGUUAAAGCGCCUCAGGUGAAUGGGAAGGAGUUGUCCAAGUCCAGCCAUGAGGAGACUGUGGAGGCCUUUCGCGCUGCCAAGGACCCCGUCGUGGUGCAGGUCAUCCGGCGGACCCCGAGCGGCCGCCCCCACGGCCCCCCUCAGGAAAUCCAUGUGGUGGACGUGUGCACUCAGACCGACAUCACCUUUGAACACAUCAUGGCGCUGGCAAAGCUCCGGCCCUCGACCCCCCCUGUGCCUGACGUCUGUCCCUUCCUGCUCUCUGACAGCUGUCAUUCUCUACACACAAUGGACCAGGAUUACUAUGAAGGGACCGACUACCUCUCCCCCGUUCCAGCUGAUGGAGAGCGGACAGAGGAGUUUGAGUACGAGGAAGUGGAGCUGUGUCGACUCAGCAGCCAGGAGAAGUUGGGGCUGACGCUGUGCUACAGGACAGACGAAGAGGAGGAUGUGGCCAUCUAUGUUAGCGAGAUCAGUCCGAACAGCAUCGCUGCCCGAGAUGGACGUAUCCGAGAGGGGGAUCGCAUUGUCCAGAUUAAUGGCCAGGACGUACAAGACAGAGAGGAAGCAAUGGCUGCACUCUCCAAUGAGGAGUGCAGGAACAUCAUUCUGCUGGUUGCCAGACCCGAGCUGCAGCUGGAGGAGGCCUGGCUGGAUGAUGAGCACAGUGAGUUCCUGGAGCAGCUGAAGAUGGAAAUGUUGGAGGAGCAGCAGAGGGAAGAGAUGGAAUUAGCAGCCUUACAGGAGGAGCAGGAGAAUGAACAGAGAGCAGAGGACGACAAGCCCACCUGCUCCACGCUCCCUCAUCGUAAGGACAGUGUGCGGAGUUUAAAAGACAGAAUGGAGAGCUCCGAGCACAACGUCCUGGCCCACAUCCAGAGACGUCUGUCCCAGUGCCUGAGAGACAAUCGGGACGCUCACUGUGCCACCGGCUCCACGCGGCUGGAGGAGAAAGACGACGAGGACGACGACGAAAUGGAGGGCGACCGUUUCCAGCAGCUCCUGGAGCUCAAGUGUCAGAUACGAAACAGCGGCGAGUACGACCUGUUCUACAGCCGCCGCAGCACCAUCGAGUGCAGCUUGGGGGAGCAGGGCGGCGUGCAGCACGAGCUGCGCAUGCUCAACGAGGAGCUGCGCAGCAUCGAGCUCGAAUGUCAGAACAUUAUGCAGGCCCACAAGCUCCGGAAGGGCCAGCAGUCUCCGUCGACGGGGAACUCCACCAAAAACCAGAGCCCCCAGCGCGGCGAGCCCACCAGGGGCAAGCUGACCGACAUCAACGAGAGGCUGGAGAAAUCGGACAAGGACAGCUCCAGUGCCUACAACACGGCGGAGAGUUCGCGGAGCACCCCUCUGGCGAUGGACCGCUCCCCGGAGCACUCCCUCCAGAGAAUGGUUAGCCUCACCAACCAGAGGAACCUCUGCAGCGGCCUUGCUAGUGGUUACUCUCUUAGCCCGAGCCCUAUCCCAGCAUGCCGUGCUCCGGUCCCGGGCAAGAGCAGCAGCCCCGACCACAGCAACCCUUCCGAGUCCGACCAAACACCUCAGGCCGAGGAGGAGGGGAAAGGGAAAUUAAAGCACGGCGCUUCUCGGAUUCCUUACUUCUCGCCUUCUCACAGUUCCCAGCAGAGGCAGGUCAACAUCCCAGCUCACGCCCGCCACUACCAGAGCUACAUGCAGCUGAUCCAGCAGCGCUCGGCCGUGGAGUACGCUCAGAGCCAGCUCAGCCUGCUCAGUGUCUGCAAAGAGCCUCAGAGGCCCAUUAACGAGCCCAAGAUGGAGUGGAAGGUCAAGAUUCGCAGCGACGGCACCCGUUACAUCACCAAGAGGCCUGUGAGGGACAAAAUCCUGAGGGAGCGAGCCCUGAAGAUUAAAGAGGAGCGUAGCGGGGGCAUGACCACAGACGACGACGCAAUGAGCGAAAUGAAGAUGGGGAGGUACUGGAGUAAAGAGGAAAGGAAGCAGCACCUGGUCAGGGCGAAAGAACAGAGGAAAAGGCGAGAGUUCAUGCAGCGCAGCCGGCUGGAGAGCUUGAAGGAGAACCCUCAGAGCAGCAGCGAGGGGCGCAAGGAGGUCAGCAUCAUAGAGCUCAGCCACAAGAAGAUGAUGAAGAAACGCAACAAGAAGAUUUUAGACAACUGGAUGACAAUCCAGGAGCUGAUGACUCACGGCACUAAGGCCCCCGAGGGAGCCAAGGUGCACAACGCCUUCCUUUCAGUCACUACUGUAUAAAACAAACGAACAAAAAAAAAACACAUGCAUUCUACCCCAUGUGGUAUAACAUACUUGCCUCGUUAAAUGUGGCGUUUUUAUGAGGACAAUAGGAAUAUUUUUCACACUUUGUAACCCAAAAAGCAUUUUGUAAAGAAUUUAUCGGUGGCGUCACAACAUUUUCUCGAUGUUUUUCCAAUUGUUUUUUUCACAUCAACUCUGUGGGAAGAACCUUUUUCUAUGAGACUACAAACAAUACAAUUAUUUUAUUACUUCACGCUAAACAUGUUUAUCUUUUCAAUUCUAUUUUCAUAUUUAUGUUGUAACCAUAUAGCUCCCGGCAGUUGUGUAAGAAUCUUAAGCCUUUUUUCUUUUGUAUUUCGUGUACACUUGCCAAUGACGGAUCAGUGAGUCUCCUGCCUUUCACUUACUUUAACACUCCUUUAACUGACAUAUCUACCGGUCUUUCAACUGUUAAUGAUAGGUUAGUUAGUUUUCAGCACGCAGACGUGGCCAGGAAGUCUUCAAGUGUAACAGUCAGCCCUGCAGAAAUCCUAAACUUAUGGUAGUGGAGGCGUAUUUUUUUUGUUUUGUUUUGUAUUUUACUGAACAAACUUCAGGUUUAAAGGCACAAAUAUAUAUCUCACAUUCCAGUCACAGUACUGUACCAUCUGGUAGAGAUCGAGAAGAUGAAAAUGAUUGUGGAAAAUCAUAAUGAAGUCAAAAGAAAAAGUGGAAUUCAUGGGUCAAAAGUUCUAUCUCAAAUAAUGUUUCUCUGUUGUCACUGCAAAACAACCUUUUUAUUUCCAUUUGUCCCAGUUUACAUCCACACUAACAUUCCAGCACCAAGUCAGUAUUCAAAGAUAGAUAUGGGUCAUGUAAAUAACAUAUUUGGUUAUUCCAAAUUAUGCAUUUUUCCAAAUGCAGCAUUCUCCUUCAUUAAGUCUGGUUAUAGGACAUUUCCAAACAGUACAUUUAGAAAGUACAAUCAGCCACAACAUUAAAACCACUCACAGGAUUAUUUUCAAUGCUCUACUGGGAAACAUUUGGACCUGCCGUUCGUGUGGAUGGUACCUAAAUAAAGUUAAACUUGUGGCUGGAAUGAGACCAUAAAUUAUGCAAGACUUGCAUAUCAAUGUUUUUGGAUAUGUGCAAGCAUCAGAAGGCGGACCUUUUCCAGAGGCAUUUAAAGAAAAGAGUGACAAUGUGUUCACACAAGUUCACCACUGGCGGAAAACCAGCAGCCAUGUAAAGCACCUACUAGAUAAAUGUAGGAAUAAAGGCAAACAAAAUAAUAUUUUAUUCAUGUAAACUUAGUCGCAAACUUAGCUCAUAUGGUCCAUGUGACUCUCCCACUGUCCCAAAAGGGAAAAUGAUCCCAGAAAAACUCAAAAUGUCAAAUCUGUUACAGGCUCAGAAGAGACUGCUGAGCAUUAGAAAUCGUUCACAUGAUCAAAAGUUAUUUGUUGACAAAACUCUUUUUCUAAUAUUAGUUUCAUUAUCAUAAACUUUGUAAAAAAAAAAAAAAUGUCCGGAGAAGCUGGUUAUUUAAUUUUACACUAAGGUCUGUUUUUUCCCCUGUAUUUUGUGAUUUGAACAAUGUUGAACAACUGAAGGGCAUAAGAGGUCUUGACUCGUGGCCAAUGAUGCAGCUUUGCUUGUUUGGUUUGAAGAUUUGGAUAAAAACUGUUUUAUAUUUAAUUUUCUUUCUUUUUGUUAUCUUUUUCUACACACUCAACAACAGAUGGACCUGCCCAUAGCAGUAUUUUACCUCCUUACACAUCUCUGCUCUGCAUAGCCUUAACAGCACAACCUGAAUCAAUGACAUGUCGGUGUGGUGACCACACAAACUGUAAACUGUCUGUGUAUCUCUGGGCAACAGAGACAUUUCAUUUAGCCUUAAUCAUAUUCUAUCAUCUGAGUUUUUGGUAACUGGAACCAUUCAUAGACGUUGUAUAGUCCUUAGCCACUUAUGUUCGCAGUCACAUCAAACCGGCGUUAGGAUGAUGCCACUGAGCAGGACUCAGAACACAGCAUUUUAGACCUGGUGAAUGGGUUUGCCAUUUAUAGAAAGCCUUUAUAGUUCAGUUACGUGUACAGUAUACUCAUUCCAAAUGCCUCAUUUUUAACUGAAGUAUUGUAAAUUUGAAAAUUUUAAACCGAGUCCUGUAUGUUUUGAGUCGAUGUCUGAUGGUCUGACUUCAAGUAACGCGUAGGUGGCACAUUUGUAGCCAGGUAAAAUGUGUGAUAAUGGUGAUCUCUGCUAAAGAAAUGAUAAUAAAUUAUUGUUUUUGGUAUGACAUCA